GUAGCCAGCCCCGCUGCCGCGAGGACCCACAGCCAAGAUGGCGGCACCCGCGACGCGGAGCCGCUACCUCCUGAGGCUCACUGUGACUCUGGGUCCCAGGUCCCACAGCUACCAUGCGCCUCCGCCCCCGCGCCGCCGCCCCGCGCCCCACUGGCCAGAUCCGGAGAACCUGAUGACCCCGCGGUGGCAGCUAACGCCGCGUUAUGCGGCCAAGCAGUUCGGGCGGCACGGCGCCAUCUCCGGGGUGCCCCCCGCCUCCCUGUGGCCUUCCUCAGAGCAGCUGUGCGAGUUGGAGGCUGAGGAGCGAGAAUGGUACCCAAGCUUAGCGACCAUGCAAGAGUCGCUGCGCGUGCAGCAGCAGGCCGCGGAGGCAAGGCGUCAAGCCAGAGAGCAGCAUAUCGCAGAGUGCAUGGCCAAAAUGCCACAAAUGAUUGAGAACUGGCGAAAGCAGAAGCGAGAACGCUGGGAGAAAAUUCAGGCUGACAAGGAGCGGAGGGCCCAGUUACAGGCUGAGGCCCAGGAACAACUGGGCUAUCAUGUGGAUCCAAGGAGUGCCCGCUUCCAGGAACUAUUACAGGACCUAGACAAGCAGCAGCGCAAGCGCCUAAAGGAAGAAAGGCAGCGACAGAAGAAGGAGGCACGAAUUGCUGCCAUGGCCUCUGCUGAAGGCCAGGAUUCUGCUGAACCCCAGGACUCAGCAGCGUCUGGUAAACCCAGCUCCUGAGAGCUCCUUUUCCAAUAAAGCCAGCUGCUGACAGCCCACAUUCUACA